AUGUGCAGAGAAUUGGUGAUUAGCAGUAAUUCGAAUCUUCCAGCUUUUAAUACUGCAACAUCAAUUGCCGAAAAUGGAGACCGGCACAGAAUUAAAAGAAGUAUCACUUUAGAAGAAGAGCAGAAGAAUUGUACUCCACGAUCAGUUGAUAAUUUCCCAGGGAAUUUGAUGUCCUUACAAGACACCAAAGAUGGUGGAGUUUUUAUUCAUAUACUCCUGUCUCUUUAUCUGUUUGGUGCAUUGGCUAUUAUUUGUGACGAUUACUUCGUACCAUCGUGUGAACACAUAUGUACAGGUCUUAAGCUUCAAGAAGAUGUAGCAGGGGCAACUUUUAUGGCGGCAGGAAGUUCUACACCAGAAUUCUUUACCUCGGUUGUUGGAGUUUUUAUUGCCCAAAGUGAUGUUGGAGUUGGCACAAUUGUAGGAUCGGCAGUUUUUAAUAUUCUAUUUAUAAUAGCCAUAUGUGGCCUGUUUGCUGGGAUGGCUGUGCAAUUAACUUGGUGGCCAUUGUUUCGGGAUUUAGUAUUUUAUCUAUUGUCUGUAUUAGCUCUUAUUUUAGUUAUUUAUGAUGGAGAGGUCCACUGGUAUGAGGCUUUGAUCAUGGUCAUUAUGUAUAUAGUCUACAUUAUCGUCAUGUAUUUUAAUCCUCGGUUGGAAAAAAGAGCCAUAUCUGCCAUUAAAGCUUUUCAAGACAAACACCCCACCAGUAAUGGAUCUAAAACCGAAUCAACAGCAGAGACUCAGCCACUACUACGAGACGAUACGGUGUCGGCAUCAAAUUCGCUAGCGAGUCGGUCAGAAGAAACCGGCUUUUGUGGAGAAGUAACUGGUUUGAGUGAGGAUAUUGUGGAUAAGGAUAUACGUAAAGUGGAAGAAAUUAAUCAAGAUAAAGAUGAUGAAUAUGAAUCUCCCUGGGCAAUACCAGUCGGAUUUCCGUCCCGUAUAUUUUGGGUAGCUAUGUUACCAGUAAAAGUUCUGCUGUAUAUAACCGUUCCUGACUGCAGAAAACCAGGAAUCUGGAGAAAACUCUUCUUACUGACCUUCUUGUCCUCUAUAAUAUGGGUGGCCAUUUUUUCUUAUCUCAUGGUAUGGAUGGUGACAAUUGCAGGAGAUGCUUUAGAAAUACCAGAUACGGUAAUGGGACUGACAUUCCUGGCCGCCGGGACAAGUGUUCCAGAUUGUCUAGCCAGUCUGCUUGUAGCUAGAGAUGGUCUAGGCGAUAUGGCCGUAUCAAAUUCUAUAGGCAGUAAUAUCUUUGAUAUUCUAAUGUGCCUUGGUUUUCCCUGGUUACUGGAAACACUUAUUGUCAACACAGGAGAACGUGUAGUAAUAAGUAGUGCUGGACUUACAUAUUCUUCAAUUAUACUCCUUUCUACCGUGGCGUUCUUGCUUAUAUCAAUUUUUAUUAACAAAUGGCAAGUAGACAAAAAGUUGGGUUUAAUAUUUCUGUCAGUCUAUGUUAUUGUGGUAUCCAUCUCAUGUUUAUUCGAGCUGAACAUUUUUGGCGAUUUUAAUGAUCCGGUUUGUUCCAGGUGA